GACUGUUGUAUAAUGCCUGUACUAUACCAUUUGUAGUGCCUAUGCUUGUAAGUGAAAAUAACGUUUUUAUUAACAGUUUAUUUAUUAACAUAGCAAAUGUUGAUGACUGAUGCAAUGAAUUCUAAAAAAUUAGGAAUUAAUUGUUGUGCAUUUUGUGGUGUUGUUGCAAGUAAUAAAUGUGCAGCAUGUUCUUUGGUUGUCUAUUGUUCUAAAGAACAUCAAAAAGCUCACUGGAAUAAACAUAAAAAAGAAUGUAUAUCUUAUGAGGUACAAAACAAUUCUAAAUUAUGCAAUUUUCUGAUUGCUAAACGAAAUAUUAAUCAAUUUGACGUUAUAAUCCAAGAGGAACCAUUAGUUUUGGGUCCUAAAUUUCCAACUUUAGAACCUAUAUGCGUUAAAUGUUUACAAUAUUUGAAAAGAUCAGAGUCUACAGUUGAAUCUUUGUGUGAACAAUGUUUAUGGCCUAUUUGUGGUUUUGGUUGUAAAAUAUCAAUUAAUCCUCAUAUUCACAAUGAAGAAUGUAAAAUAUUGCAAACAGGAGCAGACAAAAUUGCCAAAACAAAUAAUUAUAUGUAUGAAAUUUUAACUCCUUUAAAGUGUCUUUUAUUGCAGUUUAAUGAUAACAAAUGGAGUAGGUUAAUGGAAAUGGAGUCUCAUAUGAAACACAGAGGUCCAGAUUCUCAAGUAUACGAGGAGAUUAAUUCAAUUUGUAAUUACUUAAGAACAAACUAUUUGAGUGAAAUAAAAAUUAAAGCUUCGUCAGACCUUAUACAUAAAAUAUGUGGUAUUUUAGAUGUAAAUGCUUUAGAUGUUCAUGUAGCAGGAAUGGAAUUAACUGCCUUAUACCCUAAUGUAAGCAAGAUGGAACACAAUUGUUUACCAAACACUAGUAUAACAUUUGAUAAAUUUGGUCAUAUUUCUGUUAGUGCUGCUAGAAAAAUAGCUAAGAAUGAACAUUUAAGUACUAUGUAUACAAAUGCAUUAUGGGGUACUCGAGAAAGAAGAGCUCAUCUUUUGUCAACUAAAUACUUUGAAUGUCAUUGUGAUAGAUGUUCUGAUGCUACCGAACUGGGUACCAACUUCAGUACAGUAAUAUGUAAUGUCAAAAAUUUUUGUAAAGGAAAUCUUACCCCAAAAUAUCCUCUAGAUGAUUCUAGUGAAUGGGAAUGUGAUAGGUGUCCAACAACAGUUUCAUCAAAUAAAAUUGAUGCAAUUUUAAUGGAUUUAAAUCAUACUGCUGAAAAAGCUCUUACAAAUCCGAGUAUUAACUCAUUAGAAAAUGCCCUUUCUAAAUUAAAAACUCAUCUCCAUUCAAACCAUUAUUUAUGCUUCAAUUUAAAACAUACAUUGAUACAGUUGUAUGGUCAUUCAAUGGGUUACAAACAUUCAAUGCUUACUGAAGAUUUAUUAAAAAGAAAAUUAAAAUUAUGCAGAGACAUGUUCAAUGUACUAAAUAUUUUAGAUCCUUUAUACAUACGGUUAAAUAUUUAUACAUCAGUGGUAUUAUAUGAACUUCAUUUGGUCUUAUUGGAAACAGCUGCAAGAAUAUCAGAAAAUAAAGCUGAAAGUAAAGGAAUGUGCAAUGAAGCUAAAAUAUUAUUGUCUAAAGCAUUAGAUAUGCUUAAAAAUGAACCAGAAGGGUCUCCUGGUUUUAAAUUGUUACAAGCUUAUAAACCCAAUAAAACCAAUCAUUAGUAACUUGGAAUUCAAUUGCUUUAGUUACAUUUAGCUCAUUAACUCUUUUGCAGAAAAUUAUUUAUGUGUAAUUUUAAUAGUCUUGAAAUAAUUUUAAUGAAACUUGAAUUGUUUAACUCAAACCAUCCUGACCUUGAUUUUUAUUUUAUACAUGUAAUUAUGACAU